GACUAUAAAUAGAGCCAGGGGCAAUUACAGACAACACACUGCUUUUAAGGAUUUACACAAGCUCCUGACCACUUCCAAAAGAUGGCACCUAGCCCUGUUCUUCUAGAGGAACAUAAGAUGAUCGGCAAGGAAAAAAAUAAGUUGCGAAAGCCAGCUGUGGAGAAAAUGCGAAGAGACAGAAUCAACAGCAGCAUCGAACAGCUGAAGGUUCUGCUGGAAAAAGAAUUUCAUAAGCAGCAGCCCAACGUAAAAUUGGAAAAAGCUGACAUCUUAGAGAUGGCCGUCGCCUAUCUGAAACAACACGCUCUGCCCACAAUCAACAAUAUGGUACAUCACAAUCAUCACUUAGAUAUGAAAUUCAAAGAUGGCUACUCCAGUUGUUUCAAUGAAGUUCUCGGCUUCCUGUCACUCCAGCCAAAGCAAAGAACGACUGAGAUCAGACUGAUGAACCACUUCAAGCCAAACGAAGCUGUCAGUGUUUCCUCCGUGCCUCCAUCCAGAUACAACCAGGCCAAGCAAGCAGACCUCAGUAACAGCAGCCCUCUCUGGAGGCCCUGGUAGGCCUGCUAUGGACUCAACCAUCCUGAGGACAUUAGAGACUUGCUCAGUUAUUGUCCUCUACAAUGUAGGGAACAUUUUCCUGGACCUCUAGCAUUUAGAGGUCAAUAAUAUAUCUUGUACUUAUAAUGGAGUGUGGCUGUCAAGACAGCCAGAUAUCAGCACUCUGUUGAAAUGUAUUGUAAAUUGCAACAUUGGUAUUGCAUUGAACAGAGUAGAUUACGCCACAGCAAUGUGGCAAAGGGUAUAACUUUAAUAUGAAGUUUCUGUUUUCAUUUAUUGGAUCUUACUUCUAAAACUAGAGGAAAGGCAGAAGAGGUGUUGCCCAUAGCAGCCAAUCAGAUUUGUGUUUUUUUAACUGUUCUCGAAAUUAGACAGCUGCUUCCUACCAGGGGUCUUAAACUGGUGGCCCUCCAGCUGUUGCGGAACUACAAGUCCCAUCAUGCCUCUGCCUGAGGGAGUCAUGCUUGUAACU